AUAUGCAAUUGUAAGCUAACAAUCCACCGUGGGUGUCCACAUGUAGCCCGUUGCCAGAAUCCUGAUUCUCAAAAUACCCGCAGCAGUAGGUAGGUACAUGGUCGGCGUUUGGCGUUUGAGAUCGAUACGAGGCAUGUCCAUCUCUCUUAGUCCUCCAAAGAGACUUGCAUGCAAUGUCUCCUGUAUACAUGCUCCGGGGUAGCCCUGGAGUCUGAGGGGCGCUGGCGACCAGAGCUAAGCGCGGCUGACCACCGCCUGCGCCAGGCAUGCAUGUCGCUGCUCAACAAAAUCGCCUAUCGACCAGACAAGACACAUUGUCCUCCGUGCACAUCAGCACCUUGGGUUCCCCACGGUGCCGUCAAUGCAUGGUGGCUCAGGUCAACAAGCGAUUGCCAAGGUCCAUGCGCGCGAGCUUGGCCCGGGGCAGUGGUGGCUCGCAGAGCGGGAGGACCGAGGACACUGGCGAGCGCGAGCACCACCGACGCACGAUCGGGGUGCUAAAUAUGGCGCAGGCAGGGCGCUUGCGCGAUUGGGCGGGCGCUGGUGUCCUGCAUUCUCCUGCCCCUCAUGUGUGGCAUGUGGCAGGUUCCGGGCGGUCGCACGCAGCGUCGUUGCGCACCCACGGGCACAGAGGGCUGGGGAGAGGCCGGCAGCGUCUCGAAGGCUCCAGGCGCGGGCUGACUGCGUCCAACCACAGCGGCAGGCCAGGCGGGUGCAAGUCGAGGGCCCUCGCCCCGCCAUCUGUCGCCCGCCACUGGGGGCCGCAGCGGCUGCGUGACCUCAUGGGCCAGUGGAGCGGCGCAACAGCCAGCGCAGCGCGGCAUUCCAGAACAGUCGGGUGCCUGCUGCAACGAGGAACGAUGCGCAAUCGCCAGGGACGCCGGCAGCCCCAGAGCCAGCCAACGAGGCACUGCUGCGCUACGGGUAGCGCUCGCGGAGCAGCGCUGCAGCCGAGCGGCCGGACAUGUGCGACGGACUCGAGCAGAGCGGGCGUCGCGGUGCAGCGCUCUGUCGAUUGAUGCGAGGGCAGUGGGAUGCGCUGUCGGUGGGGUGCUCUGCGCGUGAGCGAGCCCCUGCAGCGGGCCACUGAGGGCGUGCCGUGGGAGAGGCGGUCAGGGCGAUCGUGUGGUCACGAUGCCCGCCCUCGUCCUGGCACGCCGAGCAGCCGCUACAACC